UCUAAUGCGUUUCUAAUGUUAAACUGUGCGCUGACGCUGACUGACCUGUACCAAGCACGUUUCAUUCUUCCAACGAUGCGCACGUUAAUCGUCGUUCUAGCCGUGUGUGUGGUCCUCGCCGCGGCCCAGAGAGGAGGCAACCGAGGAAACGGCCAGGAUGAUGCCAAAAAGGGUGCUGGACGACUCCUUGCUCUCCCUGAACCGGAGCUCUGUGCCUCCCGACCCAAGCAAUGGCAGUUCGGAAACCACUGGUACUUCUUUUCCUGGGACCAAGAUCAUCCUGAAAUGAAGGGCAAGAAGGUCGACUGGCUGGAGGCCCGUAACCAGUGCCGCUUGCGCUGCAUGGACGCCGUCGGCAUGGAGACCAAGCAGGAGAAUGACAUGAUCUUCGAAUUCAUCCGCAGCCGUAACCUCAGCUACAUCUGGACAUCUGGACGCCUGUGUGACUUCAAGGGCUGCGACGAGCGCGAGGAUCUGAAGCCCAUUAGCGUCCUUGGCUGGUUCUGGUCCAACACCAACACCAAGAUGGCCCCCACCAACAAGCCUCCUCCCAACUGGGGCUACCAGCCCUGGAGCGACAAGGGCCAUACCGGUGGUCCUCAGCCCGAUAACGCCGAGUUCGACAUCAACCAGACCUCCGAAUCGUGCUUGGGCGUCCUCAACAACAUCUACAAUGAUGGUGUCAAAUGGCACGAUAUUGCUUGCUACCACAAAAAGCCUUUCGUCUGCGAAGACAGUGACCUUCUGCUAAACUACGUCAGGAGUCAAAACCCGGGGCUUAAUCUUUAAAAAGCCAACUGCCACUUCAGUUUAUUGUAAUGUUAUAGUGACUUUUUACUUAUCUAUUAUAAACAAACAAAUAGACAAAUAAAAAAUGGUACCAAAUGAAAAUCCGACAUCAUUAUAAUAUCAGUUUGGAGCCGCUGAUCUCUAAAUAUGGCAAGUGGCAUUCAAAGAAAGGAAGAAAGUGAAUAAUGGGUUGACCCCAGUGCCAUUUAUAUCAGUUCAGAUUUGAAGCCAAAAAGAUUAUAAGUGACAUACCAAGAAAAUGUCGCUGAGAAAAUGUCGAAGAAAAAGUUACGUUAACUGAAAAAAGAAAAAAAAUCGUCUGAUAUUUAUUGCCUAAAGUAUUAUUGUAAAGAUGUUUACAAUACACUAAAUUGAAAAAGAAA